AUGUGCAUGAGAGACAUUCUUAUUGUUUCAAUCUUUCUCUUGGUCAUGUUCUGCCAAGUUGAAACGUUGAAUGGUCAAGAAGACAGAAAACGAAUUGUUCAGUUCAUUCCUCUUCCUGAUUCUUCUCAUAUUCGAGAUUUUCAAAUGAUUGCAAAAGCCACGGCUGCUUUGCUGAAUGCUUCACCAUCCACCUCGAACACAGAGGUUCAAUUUAUUUCUCCAAAUAUUAUUAAAGCCGAACCUUGCAAGAUCUUGAAACAUAUUCAAUGUCCAGUACCUGAUGGAUUUAAUAUUGCUCAGAUCAUGGAAACAUAUGGAGGAUUUGCAAAUUCUUCCGUUCCUAGACUUGAACGAUUGGCUUUGGAAUUGAAAAUGUUUACUGCUGCCUAUGACGUUGGCAUGUUAACGAUGAAUAAUUUGUACAAUGAAACAUCAACGUGUGACGUUUCCAUGCAUCGCUUGUUGAAAUCCCGGAACGAUACAGAUGUUCUUCUCGUGAUUGAUAACAUAUUUGCCCCAGUGGUCGAAUGGGCCGAAAAAAACAAAAUGAACUAUGUGCUUAUUGGCAUUGCACCAGUCAUGUUUGUUUAUAGGGGAAUGCCAUCGUAUCUCCCUCACCUUCCUAUUGGAUCUACAAGCUUGGAAAAAGGAAGAAGAAUUAUUGAAAAGAAUGGAAUUUUUGCGUAUUUGGCCAAUCAAAUUAAUGAACAAGUUAUUGGAUUUGGAAAAGUUGUCAAGACCUCUCUAUCAGUAAUGUCUGAGUACAACAAGGCAAGAGAACGAUAUGGCAUGCCAACGAGAAGCACACCAUUUAUUGAGCCAUUGGACAAGUUGACCAUUCAUUUAACACUUCCUGGAAUAUUUGAAUACUCAUUUGCCGUUCCAAAUAUUCACAAGUUUGUUGGGUUUAAUUAUAUUGAAAAAUCCAUGAGCGCAAAACCUCAGUUUAGUUCCAUGUCUCUCGAAGAGACUUCUGGCUCACCAUCUCAAAGCGAAGAAAUUUUGUGGCUCGAUGAACAAUUGAGAAAAAAUCGAAAAGUAGUUUUCAUUGCGUUUGGUACUAAGGCAAAGGUUGCGCCCUCUCAUCUCAAAGCCGUUAUUACAUCCAUUCUUUCUUAUCCACAACAGUCGCUCAGCGUCCUUUUGGCUUCUUCCAACAUUCAUGUGUCAGAUGUCAUGGAUUCACAUAGAGUUGCAGAAUGGACUCAAAAAAUUUUAAUUAAGGAUUGGGUAGCACAAGUGAAUGUUCUCAAGCAUCCUGCAACCACCAUGUUCGUCACUCAUGGAGGAAGUCACUCCAUCUUUGAAUCUAUAACUGCAGAGGUACCUCUUCUAAUAAUGCCAAUCUUUGGAGAUCAACCUCUCAACGCCAUUCGUUCGGAAGACCAUGGAAUUGCAAGAAUGAUCAACCCAGAGGACAAGGAGGAGCUCUCAGAAAGUAUUGCUUUCAUACUUGAGAAUUCGCAUCAAAUUAAACAGAGAAUGAGAAAGACGAAACAGUUAAAUAGAGAUGUGGCAGCACUUCCAAUGGAUGCUGAACUUUUGAAACAGUUUCUUCAGUAUGAAGAUGUCCACACAUUGUCCACUGCUUCUGUUGCUGCAGCAGGACUUAUACGUCAAGUUUUACUUUACGGAGCUGAUCAUCUUGUAUCGAUGGACACGAAGCUUUCUUACAUUGAAAAGGUCCAUCCUCUUUAUGUAUUGAUACUUGCAUUGGUUUCUCCAAUCCUUAUAUUUUUCAUUAUUCGUGGUCGUUGUUCCAGCAGAGGAAAACAAGGAAAAAUUACUUGA